AUGGACGGCAACUUCAAAGCAGAGCACCUUCAUCCCACUCACCCAGAAGAUGAAGUCUGGUUGACUGAUGUCCAGUGCUUCAUGGUUUCCAAAGACCAAUAUAAGGCUCAUCUAGCCAUUGCCAACAACAUUAUUCAACCAUCCGAGUGCAACAAUCACCGAGCCAUAAACCAGGCCAAUGCUUCCCCACACACACUCGAAGGUACCAGGAUAGGCAGUUGUGGAUUUUCAAAAGGGCAAACAUAUAACAAGCACUUCUGGUGUCGGGUAAAUGAGAGUCUCUAUUUGAGCCUCCCUUUUGGAAUGGAGAUCAUACCAGGAAUUGGCCUCUGGCAUGUUCAUGGACACCAAGACAAAUGCUAUGUUUGGUACACAUCAACAUUUAUCACUGGGGCCGCUAGGAUUGACAGAGAAAUUAUGGAGAUGUUUUUUCUUUGCCAGAAAUAUAAGGAAGCUAUUAAGGGUGUCACAGAAAGCGCCUCUGCUUUUGACAAGCUCAAUGAAACCGCCGAUCCUAUUAUGGUCGCAAAAUAG